AUCUCUCUCUCACAUGUAACAUUAUUUAGGGAUAUCCCAUAAAUAAAGUUUGUUCCUUUUUCUCUCUCUCUCUCUAUGGCUUCAACUUCAUUUUGCUUAAGGUUUUCAUACAAGAGAUGUUGAAACAACAGCUUACAGAAAGGAGAAAAAAUUAUUGGAAGAUGUCGUCUUCCACCUACUCCAAUUCUCCAUGUGCAGCCUGCAAAUUCCUACGUCGAAAAUGCCUACCAGAUUGCGUUUUCGCACCGUAUUUCCCGCCCGAAGAGCCCCAAAAGUUUGCCAAUGUCCACAAGAUCUUUGGCGCCAGUAAUGUCAGCAAACUGCUGAAUGAAGUCCAGCCGCAUCAGCGGGAGGACGCCGUGAACUCGCUCGCCUAUGAGGCCGAGGCGAGGAUGAAAGACCCUGUCUAUGGUUGCGUCGGCGCCAUCUCUAUACUCCAAAGGCAAGUCAUCAAGCUCCAGAAAGAGCUCGACGCUACUAACGCCGACCUCAUUCGCUAUGCCUGCAGCGAAAUCCCUGCCCCAUCUCCGUCCUCGUCAUCACAAUAUGCUCGAAAGUCGUCGUCUACGAGCCAUGAGGCAAGCUCAUCUACCUCUAGCUAUGGUCAUUACUAUUCUGGUCUCUACUUUUCUCCAUGGAGUAACAACAAUAAUGGCCCUUGUGGAGAUGGCCAUGACAAAGGAGAAUACAAGUAAAUAAUAUUUUUCCAUUGAAAUAUAUCAUAUCUUUAUAAUUUUAUCAUCACAAGAAGGAUAAUAUAUUCUCUCAUAUGUUAAUUAUAGGGGUGUGAAAAUUUAUGCAUUUUGAUUCAUAAAAAUAUAAUGAUAAUUACAAAUUAUACCCCAUAAAUUCGUCUAAUUUGUAAAUUAUAUCUCUAUGUUUCAAAAAAUAGUUUCAAACAUUCUUGUAAUUUGCAAAAUUUAAAAAUCAGAAAUACCCUUUUGUUGGAUAUUACAUAUCUGUGACAUAUAUAUAGAAUAAGUCUUUAUAUGUGUAUGAUCAAUUUUUGUUAAAGGUCACCAAUAAAAGGGGGGUAUGAUUUGCAAAUCAUAAGAAUCUUUGGAAUUAUUUUUAAAACUUAGAGAUAUGAGUUUUAAAAUAGACAAAAGUAUGAAGGUGUAAUUUGCAAUUAUCUUGAAAUAUAUAAAUAUAUGUGUGUUGUAUAUUUUUUAAGGUUUGUCCAUGCCCUUGUAGGGUUUCUCUAUCUUAAAUACCUCUUUGGAAUGAUGAGGGGAAUUUAAUGUAACUAUUUCAAUUAUUAGUGGUUUUUAUCUUGUCAACUUUUGUGUAUAAUAUUAUUAAUUACUUUUUUCUUCUUGAAUAUUCAGAACUUUAAAUUCUUAUUUUAUAUAAUUUUGAGGUUGGUUCUUUUUUUUCUUUUUUUUAAAAAAAAAUUGAAUAUAUGUUAAUAGAACAUUUUGUCCAAUUCUGGAACUUUUGAUUUUCUAGCAUUAUCUCAUAUUAAUUUUGGAGAUUUCAUUUAAUUCACAAUAUAUAUCUGAUACUCAAUG